UUGACAAGACAUCCGAGUAGACAUUCCUCCAAGUUGAUGAUGUAUGGAUGUUUUCCUCUGUUAGAGGUUUUAAGUGUCCCACCGUUUGGAUGUGGUCGUGCCGUGUACCCUGGUGACCAUCGAUUGAUAAUGGCGGAUGUUCUAAUACACCAGGGGAACAGAACUACGAGCAGAAGGAUGCUCUCCACGUUAGAUCAAAUUUCGAAAUUGAUCAAAAAAUCGCUGGUAAUUUUUCCGCAACCCACCGACACACCAAUAGGCGCAGUCCUGAUCGUCUGAACAUGGAAUAUUGCCCAACCCUGAAACUAGAAUUCUUCCGGUAUGCGCGGCAUUGCUGAUAAGCCACAAGAUGCGAAAACCAUUCACGACCCGAAAACAAGAUCUAACCUAGCGGGCAAAAUUCGAUGCGGGUCGUCAUCCAAAAGGUCAAGCGUGCGUCGGUAUCGGUAGACGACAUUCUCGUGUCGCUGAUUGGCCGAGGACUUAUGCUUUUGGUGGGCAUUUCCACAGAAGAUACCAGUGACGAUGUGGCCAAGCUUGUGAAGAAAGUCGCCAGUCUCCGCUUGUUCGAGGACUUCUCUGAUCCACCACCAGAACAGGCCAAGUGGUACGGCAAGCCGUGGGCGAAAAGCUUGGCCCAUGACCGUGAGCUCAGCGUUCUUUCUGUAUCUCAGUUCACGCUAUACGGCACGAUCCGCAAAGGCACGAAGCCCGACUUUCAUAAAGCUGCAAAAGGCGGAAGCGCUCGUCCAUUGUAUGAGGAGUUUUUGGCAAACCUCAGGAAAGAGCUUGGGGAUGAAAACCGAGUGAAGGACGGCAAGUUCGGCGAGAUGAUGGACGUGGAGUUGGUCAACGAUGGGCCCGUGACCAUCGUCUGGGACACGCGAGAGAACACAAUAUAAAUACAAUCUAGAGAUAUAGUAAAGCCAAUAGACACCAUCCACGGCCAGAACUACAUAAUCACUGCAAAAAUCUAGAGGUGUGCCCUUUCAGGCUGAAUCUACGGUGAUGCGUAGUUUGUAUAGAACAGGUGCCUGCGAAGAGCCAGCUAGAAACAUCGCAUGCUCUUGGGCACUAGGAUUCUAGUUGCUGGAUGUGACGAACAUGUAGAAGACUAAUGACAGAGAUUGCCAUUUAUAUUUUCAAGUACGGUGUAGAGGAAU